AUGACAUCUGGUGUUGAUGCUGAUUUCGAUGCUUACUACUCAAGUAUUUCAUCACGAUUAUAUGUUAUCUUUGGCUCUACCCUAACAGUCAUAGGUACUAUAAGUGCUAUUUUAAGCUGCAUUGUGUUUGGUCAAAAUAGUUUACGACAAAAUCCAGGCUCGAUUUACUUGAUUGCAUUUAAUGCUGCCAAUUUGCUCGUCAUAUUACUCACCUUAUUGCCAGUAGUUAUAGCAAAUAUAACUAAUAUUGACGCCUCAUUGUACAAUGUCUUAUUUUGCAAAAUAGAGUUUUAUCUUCGGUUAGUAUGUCCCAUCCUAUCGCGACAUUAUCUUGUUUUGGCAUCGAUCGAUCGAGUUCUUGUUACAUCAUCAAAUACAUUGACACGUCAACGAAGUACUCAUCGUCUGGCCUAUUGGUCUAUUGCCGGAGUAACAUUUAUUACUGUAGUAUUCUGUAGUCAUCUGUUAGUCGGUGUUAAUAUUAUUCAACUUUAUCCAGGUUUCAAUUUCUGUCAUUACGAAGCAGGUAAUUAUAUGAGUUUUGCUGUCUACAGCAACUUAAUAAUCACCGGUAUUGAACCAUGCCUUCUCUUGAGCAUGUUUGCGAUCCUGACAUUGAAAAAUCUCCAUCGAAUACAUGUCCGACCAGUAAAUACGACUGUAACUGUCAUGAACACUCAUCGAUCUAAAGAUCGUACGUUGACGAUUAUAUUUCUGUCUGAAAUAAUGUCCUUUAUCAUCUCUACGUUACCAGUAGUUACUAUGGAGAUAUACCAGCAAAUUACACAAUAUCAAAUUAAAGAUGCUCGACGAGAAGUAAUCGAACGCUUUCUAAUGUAUGUAACUUUUCUUUUAACUUUCGUUCAUCCAGCUACAAGUUUCUAUUUGAACUUGACUGUAUCAAAAGCUUUCCAUCAUAAUACAAUUCAAUUGUUCUACAAAGGAGGCCGAUAUGACAUUAUUCACGGUAGUCAAAGUCAAAAUCCUCGAGCGAUUACUAUUGCUGUUCGUCCGAUUAAGCAAUAA